AUCAAAUAUGGAGGCCAAAACGGAGGACCUCCGCUACCACCAUUUCAGCCACGACCACCUGCUAGAUUACACCAAACUCCAACCACACGUCCACGCCACUUGUUCCGGCUGCCGGCGAACCAUCUCGCCGGGAAAGUUCUACUACAAAUGCAAACUAUGUGGUUUCUACCUUCAUCAAGUAUGCUUCAAUAUGCCUGAAAAUGUCACCCACCCUUCCGAUCCCAACCACAAUCUCACCCUCGAAACCUUCCCUACUCCUUCCAAACUUCCCAUUCAAUGCAAAGCCUGCCAAAACUCCAUUAAAGGAUUCUACUAUCGUUGCUCCAAAUGCACUCAUUAUUACCACACUUUAUGCUUAGCUUCCCCUUUAUCUAUGAAAACCCCUUUGCAUCGCCACUCUCUUAAUAUCGAAUUUGUGCCGGUUUACGAUUUCCAGUGUGAUUUAUGCGAUAAACCGAGUUACAGUGGGUGGGUUUAUCAUUGCAAUUUAUGUGAAUUUGAUUCUCAUCUUUCUUGUGUUCUUACCAAUAACGGGUCGACGAUGCCAUCGGCUGUUGAAUCACACCCUAUAGUUGCUGCCGAUAACCAGCGGCGAGAUGAGCUAAUCGAUUUGCUAACAAGGGGUUCGGACGAUAUUCUACCACAAGAUGAUCAUCAACCGAUGAUGUUGUCUAAUGAUCAAGAUCAUGGGAUUCAAAGCUUUCAACUUAGUGAAACAUGUUUUUCCAUAGAUUUUCAGAAUUCGUUGCUUGGAAAUGAUGAUGAUGAUGAUAAGACGCAGUCGGGUGUUCGUCGUGAGGUGGCAAUCCCGGAAGAAAUGAGAAUGUAUGACCAUGAUGGUGAUAGUAAUCAACAGCAAGGUUUCGAAGAAUCGUAUAAGAGAUCGGAGAAAAGCAGAAGUUCGAAUUACAGUCAGAAAUCCGCAUCAGGUGGGAUCGGAGCUCAUAUUUGGACGGAAUUAGAACAAGCUACCGAAAAAAGGAAUUCAAAGGGAGGAGGAGAUACAAGAGUCGAAUCCGAUUCUGGAAGAUGGAGUUCAAUGGGGUUGCCAAGCUUCAUGUGUUGCUUCAUCAAUGGAGAAAGCAAAGGCAUUAGAGGAAAAAUUUCGUCUUAA